CGACCAAUUAGAGAAACACGUUCUCAUUUCAAUUGGAUGGAAACGAGCUCGAACAUGAAAGACUACUCUUCCCGAUUGACUCAAGAGUCUCAUCAGGUGGCAUAAUUCUUACGUUUGUUUCAGUAUGCAUAUUUUUAUUGUAUUUUUGUUCGCGUUUGAGCUUUGACUUGAUGGAAGUUUAUUCUUUUUUUACACUUCACGAAAUUGAGUUUAGGAUAAAGUCAUAGAUUAAGUCACACUCAAAUUGAAUGUCGAGCAGCAUCCGAGUCUAGAUGGUCGGAUUUGACCCAAGUUAUGGAGUUGUGUCUAACUCAAGUUACACUCAAAGGUUGCAAUCAAGAAAUCCAAAAGGAAUAAAAAAAAAGAGAAAUGAUUGAGUGAUGGUUUUUAGUUUAUCGUGAUAUUUACUUUAAAAAAAUCAAAUAAUAAAUAAUUAUAAAUUAUUGUGGAGUUAACUUCUUUAACAAUAUAUAACUUAUAACAAGCUGUAACCAAUAUGCUAGCAAAACCCUGAUUUAAAGAGAAGAAAUCUCAAUGGAGACUAGACACUAGGAAGUCAUUACUUGCCUUACUUGCCACAUUCGCCAACGGCUUUCCAAAGCACCUUCCUCAUACAGACUCAGUAAGAAAAAAAAAGGACAUUUUGCAGUUGAAAAAUAACUUCUUACAAAAGCAAACCAGCUUUUUUUUAUUCUUAUCUUUUUUGUUGGGGUCAGAACACCCAACAAAAAGCAAACCAGUUUAAGGCACGCAAAGGACAUACCUGUUUUCUAGGCCGCCCGGUUGAAUUAAAAAAAAAAAAAAAGACGUUAAUUUCCCGCGUGAAUAUUUUCGAGUUUGCACCCGUCAUCCUCUUUUCCCAUUUCGGGGAAAUUCACCUCACUAUACCAUAAAAUUUAAAAGAGAAAAGGAGCUCGCCAAGGAACCGGCCCUAUUCCUUUUGCUCGGGAUCAAGCGUCCCCACCUCGAGAUUAAAAGCUUGGUUUUGGGUUUGUCCAUGGGGAAUUUUUUGAGCAAACGCAAACGACCUCUUGAUCCUGACUCUAUCAAUUCUCCAAAUCCCAAGAGGCGCAAUUCAACCGAUAUCGACUCGCCGGUUCUGCAGCAAGAACAGCAAUCCGACAACCGUGCUCCUCCGACGAUGGACUAUGAAGAAGCCGCUGAACCUCUAUACAGCACCGGACUCGAUUUGGCGAACCUGGCCGUGUCCUCCGGUAUUCUUGGCGAUUCAUGGGCUGCAAUCUCUGAACUCCGUUCCCAGGUUGACCGCGACCACCAAAGCCCAUCAUCUUCCGAAACCGUGAGGAUUCAAGAAUUUGAAUACCCGGGAUACAAGGUCAUUGCUUUUGUGACGCCUCCGGUUGCUGCAAGUUAUCUCCAAGAAGAGAGCAAUUUGGUCGAAUCUUCUUCAUCGGAGGCCUCCGAGUUUCAGUUUCUCUGCUCCAAGAAGAACCCGUCUUUUGCCAUUAACAAGGCGGCGAUCUCUCUGUUCAACUCUCUCCAAGAUAAGCUCUCUCAGCUGAAAGCUCAGGUAGUGAAUCCCCAUGAGUCUAUUCCACACAUUAUAACUGGAGAUUGUUUGGGUGGAUCCAUUGCCUCUCUUUUCACAUUAUGGCUCCUACACACACUCGGUACAGAAACCACAGAGCAUCCGCUUUGCAUCACAUUUGGUUCACCCCUCAUCGGGGACGACGGCUUCCAACAAGCAGUAUCGCAAAAUCCAAUCUGGAGUGCUUGCUUCUUGCAUGUGGUUCAUAAGGACGACUAUUUCCCCAAAAUCUUUCACCCGUCGACCAUGGAGCAGAGCCUAUACAUGCCUUUUGGAACAUUUCUUGUGUGUUCCGAAUUGGGUAGUGCAUGUUUCGAAGCCCCUAAAUCCAUAAUUGAGUUGCUGGCCCCCAGGAGCCCAGAUAGUGCCCAAAUUGUCAAUUAUGAGAGCAUCAUUAAAUGUCUUAAACAGCAAUUGAUUUGUAAGAGUCAUUCUGAAUUUAGUGUGCCUGAUACUGAUUUAUUUAAAGCUGGGAUAACUGCACAAGUUGCAGCAGUUGGCCUUCUGCAAAUUCAGCUGCAGAAUAUGGAUGUCGAUGCUCUGUUGAGGGAUAUAGUCAAGUCUGAAAAAGAUGUCCUAGAACAAAAGAGUAAAGCAUUUGAUCCUGCAAAGGAUUUGAAUGACAUGAAAGUGUGCAUGGCUAAUUUGGAAUGGUACAAGAAGAGAUGCGAAAACGAUGGCCGGGGUUCUGGUUACUUCGACAGCUUCAAGAACAAAGUGGCUAAGCGUGACUAUGAUGCUGUUAAGUUUAUGAAAAAGCUCACUGAUUACUGGGAACAAGUGGUGGAAGACGCGGAGAAGAGGCCUCAGAGAAAGGGAGCACCGCUGCGGCAUCGCUGGCUUUUUGGAGGAACAAACUAUCGGAGGUUGGUCGAACCACUCCAGAUAGCUGAGUACUAUAAAGGGGGCAAAGGAGGUUACAUAUCUCAAGGGAGAUCCGAGCACUUCAAGCUAUUGGAACAGUGGCUGGACAAACAUCAGAAAAAGCCCCAGAAUAGUGUUCCAAACAAUUCGAAAAUUAAGAUCAUGUCCAGCAUCACAGAGGAUUCAUGCUUCUGGGCCCAUGUGGAGGAGGCGUGGAUAUCAUGCGGGUUGCUGAACAGCGGAGGAUCGAACGGUGCAGAAAUAAAGAACUUGGUCGAGUUUGAGAAGUAUGUCAUGGGUUUGCUCAAGAAAUAUGCGGUUACUCCCGAUAUUUUCUUGGAAAGCAGUAGUUACAUGCAAUGGUGGAGGGAGUAUGAGGACAUGUUGGGGAAGCAAAUGAUGGGAGCUUUUCACAACUCCGGACUCAUUCGAUUCAUGAAGGACGAAGAAUAUUUCCAUUAUAAAUCAGGUACCUCAGUAUUCACAUGACAGAUGAAUAAACUGGGUAAUUAAUGUGUGUUGGCGUGAUUUUCUCUCCUAUCUUAAGAAAGGAGAUUUGUUAAUUUUGUAGUCCUAUAAUUCUGGGAUCUCUUCCUUUUUCUGGUUUUAUUCUGGUUGCUUGUUUCCUUAGUUGUGGCAACCUUUUAUGUACAUAUGGUUGAACAAUGGUAGAUGCUCAAAACAACCAAAAAGAGAGAGAGAGAGAGACUGAAAGCUUUGUCCAAGGACAUAGGCACAUUGCUGAACCUCGUAACCUUUGUGUCUUUGUGUGAAGUUUUGUUUUUCUUCAUGGUAUCAGAGCGGGUUAUGACCCUAAUUAUUUGAAGAA